AUCUGUAAUUUUUAAAUAAAUGAAUUGUUUUCAAUUGGAGAAAAUGGAAGUCAAGAACAAGUUCUAGAUCUUAAGUUCAACCAACACAAGAGCUUUUUUUUUUUUGAGAAAUUUUUAGUUGUAUUGGGUUUUGUGUGUAAAUUUGUUUAAGGAUGUCUUCUGCUGUGGAAAAAGCGAACACAAUGCGGUUGUAUUUGACUUGCAUAAGGAACACUUUAGAAGCUGCUAUGUGUUUGCAGAAUUUUCCUUGUCAAGAAGUGGAAAGACAUAACAAACCAGAAGUUGAGAUGAAGACGAGCCCUGAGCUUCUUCUAAAUCCUGUUUUGAUUUGUAGAAAUGAGGCUGAAAAGUGCUUGAUAGAAACAUCUAUAAAUUCCUUGAGAAUUAGCCUUAAGGUAAAACAGGCUGAUGAACUUGAGAAUAUACUAGCCAAGAAGUUCCUUAGAUUUUUGUCCAUGAGGGCCGAAGCAUUUCAGGUCCUGAGGAGAAAACCUGUACAGGGCUAUGACAUUAGCUUUCUCAUCACCAACUUCCACUGUGAAGAGAUGCAAAAACAAAGGCUUAUAGAUUUUAUUGUGCAGUUUAUGGAGGACAUUGAUAAAGAGAUCGGCGAGUUGAAAAUGUCUGUAAACACCCGUGGUAGGCUUGUGGCUACCGAAUUCCUAAAGCAAUUUGUAUGACGGCCUCAAAGCAAAGCUCGACAGACGACAAAUUUGAGACUUGGCGAUUCAGCUUCCUCGGCAAGGAAAGCGGAGGCUGUGGAGCUGAUUUAUAUGGUCGGAAGCUCCCUUUUCGCUGUCUAUCUGUAUCUUGGGCAAGCAAAUGAGAAGAAGCAUGGUAUUCAUAAUUUUUUUACAUAUGUAUAAAAAGGGAAUUUUCCUGAUCUUCACGGGGAACAGAAGGAUUGUAAUCACGGUCUUUUCGUAUGUGAUUGAAUUGAAUUUUGGAAUACUGGAAGUAAAAUGUGUAUGAUUCCUAGUGCA